UUACUGUAGCAAACAUCAUUUUUUUUUUUUUUUGAACAGAGCAAGCAUUCAUUAAAACCAGAAACGUUUUGUAAUUGAAGGAACCAUUAAAGAGAGACAAAGAUGGCAGUUAGUGGGUUAUCUCUCUCUCUCACUCCUCUAUACAUAUGCAGAGGAGAGAGAGAAAGAGAGAAUCAGAAACAGGGGCAUUAGAAGCUCAAUUUUAAUGCUGUUUUAUUUUUGAAAGAUAAGUUGUUUCUCUUCUUCAUGAUAUUUGUUUAAUUAUAUAUUCCUCUACUCUUACAUUGGCUAAUUAAAAAAUGUCAAUGUCAAUGUCAAUGAAGAGUAGAGGAAUAGCUGGUGACUCACAAUCAAGAGCUCUUGUAUCCAGAAGUUGGGUACUUUUGCUUUGUCUUGCCAGCUUUUGUGCUGGCCUGUUCUUCACUAACAGGAUAUGGCUGGUGCCUGAAACAAUGGGUAUUGCAAGGACAACUGCUGUCAAAGCUGAAAGAAGACACUUAGUUUCUGAGGCUUAUAAUCCCAAACUUAAGCUUGUAAGCAAUGAAGUUUUAAAGGCUCAUCAUCCCAAACGAACACAAGAUGAAUCAGCAGCUGUAAAAACAAGGAAUAUAUCUCUACCAAGGGCCUCUCCCAAGUCAAUAAAACAAAAGGUUGCAAAGUCUAACAAAAAAUAUUUCAUGGUUAUGGGAAUUAAUACAGCUUUUAGUAGCCAAAAGCGAAGAGAUUCCCUGCGGGAGACGUGGAUGCCCCAAGGUGAGAAAAGAAGGAAGCUAGAGGAAGAGAAGGGCAUUGUCAUACGCUUUGUUAUUGGUCACAGUUCAACAUCCGAUGGUAUUCUUGAUAAAGCUAUUGAAGCAGAGGACAGAAAGCACGAGGACUUCUUGCGGCUGAAACAUGUAGAGGGCUACAAUGAAUUGUCAGCGAAAACAAAGAUAUAUUUUGCUACCGCUGUUGCUUUGUGGGAUGCAGAUUUCUAUCUCAAAAUUGAUGAUGAUGUUCAUGUAAACAUAGGAAUACUGGCAAGGAUUUUGGUUCGUCACCGUAACAAACCUCGUGUGUAUAUUGGAUGCAUGAAGUCCGGUCCUGUACUUUAUCAGAAGAAAGUCAAGUACCAUGAACCGGAGCAUUGGAAAUUUGGUGAUGUAGGAAAUUACUAUUUCCGCCAUGCUACCGGGCAGAUAUAUGCUAUUUCAAAAGAGUUGGCUAUUUAUAUAUCAAAGCACCUGAAUGUGCUGCACAAGUAUGCAAAUGAAGAUGUUUCUUUGGGUGCUUGGCUGAUUGGAUUGGAGGUGGAGCAUAUUGAUGAUAGAAGACUAUGUUGUGGCUCCAAGUCCGACUGCCAAUUCAAGGCUGUGAUGGGCCACGGCUGUGCUGCUACGUUCGACUGGAAAUGCAGCGGGAUUUGCAAGUCUGCUGAGAGGAUCAAGGAUGUUCAUCAGCGGUGUGGGGAGAAUGAGACCGCUUUAUGGAAUCCAAUCUACUAAACUACGCAUAGCAAUUCUUCUAAAUCAACGACAUAUAUCCUUGAGCGAGCACGCAAAGGAAAUAGUCUAUUUGUCCACGUACUCUAGUAUGGCGAGUGUAUAUUAGAAUUUAAAAUAGCAAAAAAAUAAAAUAAAAAUAAAAUAGUGGCCUCAAACCAGGGGAAGGAUGGAUCUUUCUCCAUUUGAGUCCUCAAGAAGAUGAUUGUUACAUUCUUUAAAUGGAUGGAGGGGUAUUAUAGUGUCUCCACCCAUGACCUUUUGCAAGCUCUAUUUGAUACAAAAUAUUCAAAGUAAAUAUAAUUAGUUUCCUAUUUUUUUUCUCAUUGCAA